AUGAUUCACUUGCCACACAGUGAUCACGAUCGAAGGAGACGUAUUGGCGAUGAAGAUGGUGAUGGGUGCUACAAAAGACAGCGAACUGUUCCGGAAAGGACGGAAUCAGAAGUGCGUUUGGAAUCACUUAUCAAUCGCAUUGGUGAGAAGAAUAAUUCAUCAAUGGAAUCCAAUUUGGAAAGUGUGGCUCAAUCAUUGGGAACCUUUCUCAUUACUGAUAUAGAUCGCAUUAUCGAUAUCGUUGUAGAACGCGUAUGUUAUUUACCGGAAGAAAUUACUGCAUAUUCAACUCUUGCGGGUUUGCUGAACUCAAAGAAGCAGAAAUUUGGCUUUGAAGUAUCGCAACUUUUGCAUCAAUUAUUGGAAGUUUUACGAGAGAAGCUUGUAUCCGCUGGUUUUAUGCAUGCUUUACAUAUCGUCACAUUUCUAGCUGACUUAGUCAACUGUCAUGUUGUUUCGUCCAGUUCUUUGGUAGAAUUUUAUGAAAGCUUCAUGGAAGCUGCUUGUGAAGAAAAUAUCCCACAAGUUCGAAGUGAUUGGUUUGUUUACGCGGUGCUGCACAGUCUUCCCUGGGCGGGACCUGAAUUAAAUGAUAGAGAGAAAGAACCGCUUGACAAUCUCUUAGAAGGUGUUGAUAAGUAUAUGCUUGAAAGGAGCACAUCUCAUGCUAAGUUGCUUCAAGUUUGGUCAGCAACGGAACAUGAACAGGAAGAAUAUUUAGAUAGUUUGUGGACUCAAAUUUCCAAACUACGGGAUGAUGGUUGGGUAGAGCGGCAUAUUUCGCGAUAUUAUAUAGCAUUUGAUGGUUCUUUGGCCGGUGCGAUUGUGCAUAAUUUACCGUUAUUUGUUCCACCACCGCAUAUGUCAAUGAUGGUAUAUCCGCUGCCUACUGUUGUAUUUCGUUUUUUUGACUACGCCGAUUGUCCAGAUGGAGGACCAGUCCUUCCUGGAGCUCAUUCAAUCGAACGCUUUUUGAUUGAGGAAGAAUUGUGCUCAAUAAUUGAGAAUAACUGUUACAGUAGGAAAGAAUGUGCAGCACAACUUGUCGGUUAUCAAAAAAAAACAAUGGUUCCAAUAAACUAUAUGAUCUUGGAAGUAAUCUUUUCGCAGCUGUUUCGUCUGCCACAUCCGCCAUUGCGACCUCUCUUUUAUGGAAGUGUGAUGAUCGAAUUAUGUAAAACAAGGGAUAUGCCUCAGGUGAUCGCCCAAGCAGCAGAAUUAUUUUAUCAACGAAUCGAUACAAUGCAACUUGAAUGCAUCGACAGAUUGAUUGACUGGUUCAGUUAUCACAUGUCAAAUUUUGAUUAUCGUUGGUCAUGGGUCGACUGGGAUGAUUGUCUUGAUCUGAAUGAUUAUGCACCAAGACGAUAUUUUGUGAAGGAAGUUAUCGAAAAAUGCAUGAGGUUUUCGUAUCACGAAAGAAUUUGUGAUUGCUUGCCCAGUUCAUUUGAAGAAAUAACACCAGAAAAGCCUUAUAUAUCGUUUUUAGUAAAUCAUGAAGAAAAAGAACUGGUUGCCGAAGUUGAAAGAGCAUUUCGUAACAAAGCUGAGUCAAAGGAAGUAACUGAAAUAUUACGCAGAUUUAACCAGAAAGAUAACGGUUUGGCCACACUCUCUACUUUCUUCGCAGUUAUGCUUAAUGCAGCGCAGAAGUCGUUCAGUCACAAUUUUGCAGCCUUAGCAAGAUACCACGAAACAUUGAAGGAACUAAGUGGUAAUGAUGAUGACUCUUCUACUGCACUUUUACAAACACUUUACAAAGUCUGGAAGCAUAAUCGACAUAUGAUGGUUGUAUUGAUUACCAAAAUGCUUCGAAUGACAUUGCUGAGUGCGAAUGCUGUGGUAUCCUGGUUAUUAAGUAGUUAUGUUGGCCAGGAAUUACAGCGAUUUUGGCUAUGGGAAACAUUGUUUAUAGUUGUAAAAUAUGCGUGCGGAUAUACGAAUCGAUGUAAGAUUAAACUUCAACAAAUGCAGGAAAGGCGUGCUAGGAUGGAGCGAAAUGAUGGAGAUGCAUAUCAACGUUUCUGUUAUAAUGAAGAUGAUAGUUUGGGAGUGAUUCUCGAUGAUGAUAUUGAAGUGAAGAAGAAAGAAUUGAAUGAAUUACAGGAAAUGUUAAAAAAUCUAUUUCUGAAUAUUUUGCAUAAUUUGGUAGUCUUUCUCUCAGAACAUCUUGUAAAAUAUGAAACGGCUGGAAGAAACUACGAGACUUAUUGGUAUCGAUAUAUGAUGGGACGGUUUAAAGAGAUAUUAUUGAGGUACUGGCGCGAAUUGUUCGAGAUGAAACAACACAUUGAUAAAGAAUUAUUUGUAACAGCAGGAAUCGACCCAAGAAUUUUGGAGAUUUACCAUCAGUUCGCUGCUUUAAGGGCGUGA